UUUGCGUAAAUGUGCCUGCGCCUUCUCGUGGAGUCUGGGACAUCUUUCGGGAUCGAUGGCAUAUGUUCUGUCUCGGGUUACUUGGCCCUGAGUUCAUUCUUCUCAACGCACUUGAGCAAUUCUGCAGCGCGCGAGCUUCCGUUCGGGCAUUCUCUACCUCAGAUCAUUCAGGCUGGACAAUGAAGCAUGCCUUUUUCGCUGAUAUGGGAGGUAUUCACCUGCAACUCCCUAAUGCCCAGCUGGACGAACCGAAAUCGUUCCCCAUAAAUGCUAAGCAGCUGCAUUUCCUCGUUACAAAUCGCUACAUUCCUUUCCCUGGCAACAUCACACUGGAUACAAUCCGCGACAAGAACAAGAGCGAUGGACUGGCUAGAUUCAUUUGCUUCAUUCAAAUGUUUUGGUUUACUUUAAGCACGGUGUCUCGGCCUAUCAAGGGUUAUGCGACCACUACUCUCGAAAUUACAACCCUCGCAUACAUUGUCUGUGCUUUAGCCACGAUGUUCUUCUGGCGACAUAAACCAAUGGAUGUUCAAGACGCUAUUUUCUUAGAUUGCCACCGUACAUUGGAUCAGCUCCUGGGCGAGCACGGGCGUAGUGCGGCUGGGCCAUAUCAUUUCACGCCGCUCGACUUCGUCAGUCGAGAAGAAUGGAUAGCAAGCCGACUGUGGGUGUACAACGUCAACCUGCUGCGACGGAUGAGGAUAAUCCACACAUAUCAGAAGGAGCUCCCCAUCCAACAUUUCUCGUCAUUCAACUUCUUAAUCUUGAAACGAUCAAUGCUCUUCGUUUCGCUAGCCAUUUCUUUGGCUUACACGAGCGUUUUCGUUGCAGGCUGGAACCUCCAUUUCCCCACUACGCUGGAGCGGAUCCUUUGGCGAACAUGCUCUCUAGGCACGAUGAUGAUUGUGGCUAUUGGUGGCUUAUUUGAAAUAUUGUUUUUAGUCCAACAAUACUCGAGGACUACACAAGGCGAAGAUAUUGAAAUGGGUCACGGACCUCCACUAGUUCGCUCACAUCCACUGAUCAAACCACCGCCCACACGUAUGCAAGCCGCUAUCCGGCAUGCCAAGAACAAGACGCCAGAUAUAGAUCCAGAAUACGACGUACCCAUACGGUCAUUGGUAGUUACGCUACCAUUGUGUGCUUUGUAUUCCAUUUUCCGAUUAUGUAUUCUGCUGGAAGACUUCAUAUCAUUUCGGAGACUUCCAGCGACCGCUUUUAUGGCAAUCGACUGGUCGACGUACCUUCCACAUAUCUGAUGACUAUUAAAGGUUUAAUGAAAUGAGAAUAGAGUUUAUAGCUGUAAUUCCUCUAACGAGCGUCCCUAUGC